GAGGUUUAUUCUGAGUUUAAGAUGUCUACUCAACCGAAUAUUCCGAGUGUCAAAACAGAAGUGACUUCUUUUGUUCAUUUACACGAUUUUACGGGGACCGACAAUAAUUGGGCUAAAAAUGAGUUAUACGUUGAUCGGAAGAAUAUUUCUGGCUUAUUUGCGAGUGAUGCUUACAGGGUGAAUCCUACUAAAAAGGUCACAGAUACAUUAAAGUCUCGUAUUGGGUCUCAAUUGAUGAAAUCGUUGGAUGGGACAGAAUUGAGUAGGAUAGGAUUAUAUCAGUCUUUGUCAAAGUGGAAAUUCAAGGAAAAUACUAUCAAGUCAGAAGAAAAGAUGGUCGUCCAGGAGGAUAAUAUCACUAAUGAAGAGUUUAAUCCAUCAAAUGAGGUCAGGACGCAGUCCUAUUAUUCAUUUUCCGGAAAACGUGACAAGAAACUUGUGGAGAAUCCCAUCGAGGCUAAGAAUUUUUUAUCCAAAAAGGCAUUUUUGUAG